CUGACUCGUUCCUGGCCCGGACGGAGGCCGUUUUUAAACCCCGUGUUUGUCCGUUGCUCCUCAGGCAUCGAGCCGACGGGGAACCGGGUCCUGCGUCCGGCCGUGUUCACGGUGGACGCCUUCAGCGCCGGCCAGGGCCAGGUCACCGUCUACCUGGACCACCCGGACGGGACCCGGGAGGAGCUGAAGGCGGAGCCUAACGAGGGGAAGAAGACCUUUAGCGUCACCUACAUUCCUCAGGUCACCGGACCCCACAAGGUGACGGUUCUGUUCGCGGGGCAGGAGAUCCCCAAAAGCCCGUUCCAGGUGGAGGUGGACAGAGCUCUGGGCGACGCCUCCAAGGUGACGGCCUCCGGCCCCGGCCUGGAGCCGGUGGGCAACGUGGCCAACAAGCCCACCUACUUCGACAUCUACACGGCCGGCGCGGGUACGGGCGACGUGACGGUGGCGAUCCGGGACCCUCAGGGCCGGCAGAACAGCGUAGAGGCCCUGAUGGAGGACCGGGGCGACAGCAGCUACCGCUGCAGCUACAGACCCGCGCAGGCCGGACCCCACCUGCUCGCCCUGUCCUUCGGCGGGGCGCCGAUCCCCAGGAGCCCGUUCGCCGUGGACGUGGGGCCCGCCUGCGUGCCGGGCGCCUGCCGGGCGACCGGGCGGGGCCUCCAGCCCUCGGGGGUCAGAGUGAAGCAGGUCGCCGACUUUAAGGUGGACGCCAGGAACGCGGGCAGCGGCGAGCUGAAGGUGGUCGUCAAGGGACCCAAGGGCACGGAGGAGCCGGUGAGGCAGAUCUCCAGCCGGGACGGUGUGUCUGCAUACGAGUAUCACCCCAGCAGCCCGGGAAAAUACACCGUCUCCAUCACCUGGGGGGGUCAGCACAUCCCCAAAAGUCCGUUCGAGGUGCUGGUGGGUCCGGAGGCGGGCCCCCAGCAGAUCCGGGCCUGGGGCCCCGGCCUGGAGGGAGGAAUCGUGGGGAAACCAGCCGCGUUUGUGGUGGAGUCCAUCGGGCCGGACGCCGGAGUCCUGGGCUUCGCCAUCGAGGGCCCCUCCCAGGCAAAGAUCGAGUGCGAGGACCAGAACGAUGGUUCCUGCGACGUCCGCUACUGGCCGACGGAGCCCGGAGAAUACGCCAUCAGGGUUACCUGCGACGAGGAGGACAUCGAGCUCAGCCCCUUCAUGGCCCACGUCGUCCCCGACGACGGCGCCUGCCACCCGGAAAAGGUCCGGGCUUAUGGUCCCGGACUGGAGAGAAGCGGCUGCGUGGUCAACCAGCCGGCAGAGUUCACGGUCAGCGCCGAGGGAGCCGGGAAAGGACCCCUCAGGAUCACGGCACAGGAUGCAGAGGGAGUCCCGGUGGAGGUGAAGGUGCGGAGCAAAGGCGACGGCCUGCACCAGUGCUGCUACACGCCGGCCUCCCCGCUCAAACACACGCUGGCCAUCGCCUGGGGAGGGGUCAGCGUCCCCAACAGCCCCUUCAGGAUCAACGUGGGUAAAGGCAGCCACCCGGGGCUGGUGAAGGUGUUCGGGCCCGGGGUGGAGAGGACCGGGCUGAAGGCCGGCGAGCCCACGCACUUCACCGUGGACUGCUCCGGGGCCGGAGACGGAGACGUCAGCGUGGGCAUCAAGUGCGACGCCAACAUGGUCGGCGACAAAGAGGCCGACGUGGACUUCGACAUCAUCCCCAACGCCAACGACACCUUCACGGUCAAAUACGUCCCUCCGGCCGCCGGGCGGCUCACCGUCAAAGUCCUGUUCACCGACGUGGAAGUUCCCCGGAGCCCCUUCAUCGUCAAAGUGGACCCGUCCCACGAUGCAUCGAAGGUUAAAGCAGAGGGUCCAGGACUGUCCCGCAAUGGUGUGGAGAGCGGGAAGCCGACCCACUUCACAGUGCUGACCAAAGGAGCCGGAAAGGCUCCCCUGGACGUUUCCUUCACUCCUCCCGUCAAAGAGUUUGACAUCAUAGACAACUACGACUACUCUCAAACGGUCAAAUACAUCCCUGCACAGCAGGGGGAGAUGACCAUCGUGGUGACGUUCGGUGGAGAUCCCAUUUCCAAGAGCCCCUUUAAAGUGGGAGUCGCUGCUCCGCUGGACCUCGAUAAGGUGGCCGUGGACAGCCUGAAUGGAAGAGUGGAGGUGGACCAGGAGCAGCAGUUCUCGGUGGACACCACAGGAGCGGGAGGUCAAGGACAGCUGGAGGUGCUGGUGCUGAGUCCCGGCCAGAAAGCGGUGCCUUGCAAAGUGGAGCCCCGGCCUGGAAAGGCGGCCGUUAGCCUGGUUCGCUUCACGCCUAAAGAGGAGGGUCUGUACGCCGUAAACGUGUCCUACGACGGGCACCCGGUGCCCAGGAGCCCCUUCCCCAUGGAGGCCCACCUGCCUCCAGACCCCAGCAAGGUGAAGGCCUCGGGCCCGGGGCUGGAGGGGGGUCUGGUCGGGAACCCGGCCGAGUUCAGCAUCGACACCAAGGGCGCGGGCACGGGCGGCCUGGGGCUGACGGUGGAGGGGCCCACCGAGGCCAAGAUCGAGUGCUCCGACAACGGGGACGGGACCUGCUCCGUGUCCUACCUGCCCACGGAGCCCGGGGACUACCUGGUCAACAUCCUGUUCGAGGGCGUCCACAUCCCCGGGUCGCCUUUUAGAGCCGACAUCCAGAUGCCCUUUGACCCCUCCAGGGUGGUGGCCUCGGGCUCGGGCCUGAAGAGGGCCAAGGUUGGAGAGGUCAGUGUUGUGAACGUGGACUGCUCUCAGGCUGGACCCGGCCAGCUCAGCCUGGAGGCGACACCGGACUCCUCAUCCGGUCCGGCUGGAUCUGACCUGGGAUCAGGUGUGAAAGUGAAGACGGAGGUGGUGGACAACAAAGACGGGACCUACACUGUGACCUACGUCCCUCUCACCUCCGGCCUGUACACCCUGCUGCUGCGGUACGGAGGGACGCCCGUCCCCGGUUUCCCGGCCAAAGUCUCGGUGGACCCGGCCGUGGACACCUCUAAGGUCAAGGUGUUCGGACCCGGAGUGGAAGGAAAAGCCGUUUUCAGAGAAGCCACCACGAAUUUCACCGUGGACGCCCGUCCAUUAACCCGGCGGGGGGGAGACCAGGUGAAGGCCGAGGUCAGAAACCCGUCCGGAGCGCUGACCGACUGCGUGGUCACAGACCAGGCCGACGGGACCUACAGCGUGGAAUACACUCCCUUUGAGAACGGCGUGCACGCCGUCCAGGUCCUGUACGCGGACGCGCCGGUCCCCAGGAGCCCGUUCCAGGUGUCGGUGUCGGAGGGGUGCGACCCCCGCAGGGUGCAGGCCUCCGGCCCCGGGCUCCAGAGGGGCCUCACCGACCAGCCCAACGGCUUCAACAUCCUCACCAGAGGGGCAGGGAUCGGGGGGCUGGGCAUCACCGUGGAGGGUCCCUCCGAGUCUAAGAUAUCGUGCACAGACAACAAAGAUGGCAGCUGCAGCGUGGAGUACGUCCCCUACACGCCCGGCCUCUACAACGUAAACGACCAGGACGGCAGACCGAGGCCCGCCAGUAUCCAUGACAACGGCGACGGCACGUUCCGGGUGACGUACGUCCCCGACCGCUGCGGCCGCUACGUCGUCACGGUGAAGUACGGCGGAGACGAGAUCCCCGCCUCGCCGUACCGGGUGACGUCGGAAAACUUCAAGGCCGUCGGCGGCAGCGUGAACGGCAGCGGCUUCAGACCGUUCGACAUGGUGAUCCCCUUCUCCUUCCGGAAGGGAGAAAUCACCGGCGAGGUGCUGAUGCCUUCAGGUAAAUCGGCCCAGCCGCUGAUCUCGGACAACCUGGACGGCACGGUGACGGUGCAGUACUCGCCCACCGAGGCCGGCCUGCACGAGAUGCACAUCAAGUACAACGGCACGCACAUCCCGGAGUCUCCCCUCCAGUUCUACGUGAACCACGUCAGCAGCCCGAACGUGACGGCCUACGGCCCCGGCCUCAGCUACGGCGUGGCCAACAAGACCGCCAAGUUCACCGUCUACACGGAGGACGCCUCUGACGGAGGGCUGGACCUGGCCAUCGAGGGCCCGUCCAAAGCGGAGAUCAGCUGCGUGGACAACAAGGACGGCACCUGCAGCGUCAGCUACCUCCCCGUGCUGCCGGGAGACUACAACAUCAUGGUCAAAUACAACGACGAGCACAUCGCCGGCAGCCCCUUCACAGCCAGGAUCACCGAGGACAACCAGCGGCGCUCUCAGGUCAAAUUGGGCUCGGCCGCCGAUUUCUCUCUGGACAUCAACGAGACGGACCUCAGCCUGCUGACGGCCAGCAUCCGGGCGCCGUCGGGCCGCGAGGAGCCCUGCCUGCUGAAGAGGAUGGCCAACAACCACAUCGGCAUCUCCUUCAUCCCGCGGGAGGUGGGCGAGCACCAGGUCAGCAUCCUGAAGAACGGGCGCCACGUGGCCAACAGCCCCAUCACCAUCGUGGUCGUCCAAUCAGAGAUCGGGGACGCCAGCAGGGUCAGGGCUCACGGAGACGGCCUGGUCAGGGGCGCCACCUUCACCAACGCCUGCUUCGUGGUCGACACCAGAGAGGCCGGUUAUGGGGGCCUGGCUCUGUCCGUGGAGGGCCCCAGUAAGGUGGACAUCCAGACGGAGGACCGUGAGGACGGGACCUGUGGGGUCUGCUACUGCCCCACCGAGCCGGGCAGCUACAUCGUCUCCGUCCGCUUUGCCGACGAGCACGUCCCAGGAAGUCCGUUCACGGUGCGGGUGACCGGAGAGGGACGCAUCCGGGAGAGCAUCACGCGGAAGCAGAAGGCCGCGUCUGUGGCCGGAGUCGGGAGUGUGUGUGACCUCAGCCUGAAGAUACCAGUGAGCUGGUUCCUGCUGGUCUUAUCCCAGCAGCUCUUCUCUCCCUCCUCCUUCCGCUCCCGCCUCUCCCUCCGUCUGUCCGGAGGGUCCAGGCCCCGGUCUCCCUCCCGAUGGUCCCCCUCCCGGGUCCGGCUCAUCUCCGGGGUCUCCGGCCUGGUGCUGGCCCCCGGGGGCCUGUGGGUGGUCGGCGCCCGCGGGGGGGAGGAGGGUGCGUUGUAG